AAGUGGGCGUAGUUUCUAUGGUUGAAAUGAAAGACUUGAGCGGCCUUUGUCGCAAAGGUGUGACGUCAGGCAGUUGUCACGGCUACGAGACGUGUGCGCACUCACUCAAAACGCCUGCACGAGCAAGCAAGGACGGUAUAAGCAAUUGAACAACUGACCGAAAGAAAAAGCGUUUCGGCAGGUAGUUCAACAUGUGCUGAAGCCUCAACUGUUGCUUUUUAUUUGGACUGUCAGUUUGGACUUGUAAACGCCUUGAAGUUUCGAAAGCGGUCUAUCGCAAUGCAUCAUGGGAGAGGUGGCUUUGCAAGUGGCGGGAACAAUGUCGUCACAACGGGCGUCGCAGACAUGCGGCCAAAGAAGAAGACUAAUGAUGGUGUCCUCACCUAUCACAUACCGUUCAAUAUCAGACUUCUGGCCAGCGAGGGUCCAGAGUUCAAGUGCCCGCGGCCUGAGUUGAGACUUAGUGCGCCGGUGACAAAGACCAAUUCUCGCUGGUGCAUUAAACAGAAUAAACGGGAUGACGCCAAGGAGGCGGCGCGUGGAUACAGGCUACGGCGAGGCACCCUCUCCUAUACCUCCACCAGGCUACUGCAGGUGAAAAUGGAGGCUGAAAUUCAAGAGGCAAAAGAAUUGAUUAGACCAUUACUGGAUAUAGAACAGGACUUGGAGACUUUCCUGAAGACGCAGGAUGAAGGCAAGAUGAUGAAAAGGGAGGUGGUGCGUAAGUGGUUACAUGAGGACUUCUGGGCUACGCUUCAAAAGAAGCUCGACCACCACAUGGCCGUCUGCAACCCAGCUGAGAUCAAAAUGCGCCAGAACUUGUACCAACAAUUUCUCAAUCACGGAAACGCAAAGGGCUAUGUGUUUUUGGAUAUUUGUGACCUGGACGCAUACAAUCCAUAUCUCCACCACAGCAAAAAACCACACAAUUGUAAGCUGAGGUUGGCCGAGCUGAAGGAGAAGGAAUCAUUCUACGAGAAGUUCAAGAUGAGGAAGACUCGCUGUGAAGCAGGGUGUCAGUACAAGUGGAUCACUCCAAGCCGAGACCAAGAUGGUGACUAUGCGACACCUGCGAUCGACUUAUUUACUGAGCAGUCACCCGACAACAGCACCACGGACAACACAAGGUCGAGCCUGGACAUACCGUUCCAUGUACGUGAGUCCUUCGCUCUGGACGGGACUUGCCAUCACAGCGGCUGCUGGUUUUCCAGAUGAGUAGCGCUUUUUUACCUUCAUAUCAAUGAAGUCUGUUUUAUUCACCCAAUCACACACACAAACACACACACACACACUGGCGGCAAUAACGAAGCCCCUACAAAGAGGACUGUUGAUAUGUACGAUGCACAUAACUGUACAGUAUAUUCAAUUUAUUCAUUUAACAUGUUGACUUUUUACACAAUGUCUUUGUGCCAUCUGCAUUUUGUACAUGAGCUAACUCUUCCCAACAUGUCUGUACCAAUAAAAGUAUUCCUCAACAGGCACAUCAA